AUGAUCAUGGUUGGAGAUUGCUACAUCCCUGCUGAUUUUGUAGUUCUUGAGCUGGAACACCAACCUAAAGACCCUCUUAUCUUGGGAAGGCCAUUCCUAGCUACUGCAGGAGCUAUAAUAGAUGUCAAGAAUGGAAAGAUUGACUUGCAUCUUGGAGAUAUAGUGAUGAAUUUCGAGGUAAACAAGUCUAUGGAGAAACCAACUGUAGAUGGUCAAGCUUUUUGGAUUGGAGAGCUCGCAGAGACAAGAGAAGAAGUGCUGGAUGAACUCCUUCUUAUUGAUCCCUUGGAGCUAGCUUUGACAAAGGCUGAGAAUGAGUAUGGAUACAUGGAAAGAGAAGCUCAAUGCUUAGUCAAGUUCAUGGAUUCCAAGGAAGCUUAUAAAGAGCUGAUAGCUUAUAUGGACUUAGAGAGAGAAGAGGAAGAGCCAGACAUUGACAAGGAGGCUAAACCCAAACCUAAAGGAAGUUGUCAAGAAGGAGAUAAUGAAGCUAUUGAAAGCUGGAGUGAUUAUCCAAUAUCAGAUAGUGCAUGGGUCAGCCCUGUACAUGUCGUGCCAAAGAAAGGAGGGAUCACAGUCAUCAAGAAUGAACAUGAUGAGCUCAUUCCAACAAGGACAAUCACUGGACACAGAAUGUGUGUCGACUACAGGAAACUGAACUCCUCUACGCGCAAGGACCACUACCCCUUGCCAUUCAUAGACCAGAUGCUUGAGCGCCUUGCCAAUCAUCAAUACUACUGUUUCUUGGAUGGAUACUCAGGAUUUUUCCAAAUUCCAAUCCACCCAGAUGAUCAGGAGAAGACUACAUUCACUUGUCCCUAUGGCACAUAUGCUUAUAGGAGAAUGCCUUUUGGAUUGUGCAAUGCUCCAGCUACAUUCCAAAGGUGUAUGAUGUCCAUAUUCACAGAUCUCAUAGAAGAGAUUAUGGAGGUUUUCAUGGAUGAUUUCUCAGUAUAUGGUUCUUCCUUUGAAUCAUGUUUGGGGAAAUCUUGGAAGAGUGCUACAGAGAUGUGA